AUGCGCAUUGUAGUUUUACCGCACACGUGUACCAUGAAGCGUGGAGAGGAAUUGCCCUUAGACCUUUCUCAGGUGAAGAAAGCCGUGCAGGCGUUGCAGGCCUAUUUGAAGAGCACAUCAUGCCAGAAGCAGCUUCUCAGUGAAACUCAACAAAUCUGUCUUCUCCUUACGUUCUGGAAGAUCCCUAAACGAGAGCAGACCAUUCGCAUUCCUCUGGCUCACACGUUCCGCGAUGACUCUGUCGAGGUUUGCCUCUUCACACGGGAUGAACCCAAAAUGACCGCAGAUCAGACAAAGAGGUUUUACAAGAAAUUACUCGCACAGAGUGGGGUCAAGUAUAUGCCUCAGGUGAUUCCUUUCGCAGCACUGAAGACUGAAUAUAAGCCAUUCGAAGCCAAGCUGAAACUGCUCAACAGCUUCGAUGUCUUCCUAGCAGAUGCACGCAUUCGCCGCCGUUUACCUUCCCACAUCGGGAAACAUUUUUAUCAGCGGAAGAAGAUUCCUUUGUCUGUGGGUCUGACGCAGAAAUGCCUGGCCACACGUCUGGAUAGGCUCGUUCAGGGCACUACCCUCACCAUCAACAAAAAAGGCUCCUGUUGCAUGGUGCGUGUUGCACACUCGGGGAUGACUACAGAGGAGAUUGUUGAGAACAUAGUUACAGCUGUUAACACCAUUUCAAGAAAAUUACAUCAGAAAGGAAAAAGCAUCAAAAUCAUCCACAUGAAAAGUCCCACCUCUGUGGCUCUUCCCAUCUACACCUCUGACCUGAGUCAUCUGACGCUGCUGGAGGAGGAGCUGAAGAAAUCCAGAUUAGCAAAGGGGACAAAAAAGAAGCAGAAGAGCAAAGCGAAACCUGGUUUACAGGAGAAACAUCAUGAUGCUAAAGAAGCAACCGCUGAAAAGGAUAUCGAGUGUGGUGGUGAUGGUGAAGAUGAGGAGGAAGAGGAGGAGAUUCCACAAUUGGUGCCUAUUGAGUCCCCAAGCAAAAAGCCUAAGCUGGAGGCCACAACCAGAAAGAGGUCAAAGAAAGCGGCCAAGCCAGCUACAACGAAAAAAGCCCAGAAACCCAGACAAGGACAGAGGAAACUGAACAAAAAAGCACCACAAGUCCAACAAAAGAAACAGAAAAAAGUGUCCGUCUGAAAAUGUGUAUACGUAAAACCCUUUUUUUUUUUUCCUCCUUGUAAAUUGUCCAUAUUUGUCAGAGCAAGGACAAGACUUAUAUAAAAGUAUAUCUGGUGUUUUUUUUCAUACCGGACAAGACUUAUAUAAAAGUAUAUCUGGUGUUUUUUUUCAUACCGGACAAGACUUAUAUAAAAGUAUAUCUGGUGUUUUUUUUCAUACCUGCCAUAGUUACAUAUGGCUAUUUUGUAGAUUUACAUGAAAUAAACACUGUUUACUUGUUUACCGUGUGUGUGUGUGAGAUUAGUUGCUGACAUG